AUGGAAUCGGUAAGUUUUGCUGAUUUGAGAGAACUUCACUUGCUCAUCCAUUUUAGCUGGAUUAAAACGAGCAUUAUUCUUCUUCAUGGACCUCCCGGCACAGGCAAGACCUCUUUAUGCAAAGCAUUGGCACAAAAGCUCUCAAUACGCUUUAGCUCAAGAUACCCACAGUGCCAGUUGAUUGAGGUUAAUGCACAUUCCCUCUUCAGCAAAUGGUUUUCUGAAAGUGGCAAACUGGUUGCAAAACUUUUCUCCAAGAUACAAGAAAUGGUAGAGGAUGAAAACAAUCUGGUACUUGUCUUGAUCGAUGAAGUUGAAAGCCUUGCUGCUGCCAGGAAAGCUGCAUUGUCUGGGUCUGAGCCUUCAGAUUCUAUAAGGGUUGUCAAUGCUCUUCUGACCCAGAUGGACAAGUUGAAGUCCUCACCUAAUGUAAUAAUCCUAACUACGUCAAAUAUAACUGCUGCUAUUGAUAUUGCAUUUGUGGAUCGAGCUGACAUAAAGGCAUAUGUCGGGCCUCCAACUCUCCAUGCACGAUAUGAAAUUCUGAGAUCUUGUUUGGAAGAGCUUUUAAGGACAGGAAUACUUUCAAAUACCGAGGUUCAGGCUGGUCACCUCCUGCCAAGUUUUACUAGUCUGAGAGAGCAACUGAAUACGAAUGUGGUACCGGAGGCUGCAGCCUCAUUUAGCAUCUGCAAACAAUUGCUUGAAGCUGCUGAAGCAUGUGAGGGAUUGAGUGGACGAUCGCUCAGGAAGCUUCCAUUUUUGACACAUGCAGCACUUGCAAAUCCUCUUGGCUGUGAACCCGGAAAAUUCUUACUUAAGAUGACCGAGACAGCUAAAAGAGAGUGUUCUCAGAUACUUGAUUGA